GCGGCUUGCCGAAUAUCUUCGGAAGCCUACAGAAUCUGAGCAACCCGGUGCAAGUUCCCCACGGAGCAAUAAAUUGUAUCGAGCGCCAGUGCCACGAAUGACCGUAGGACUGUUGAACAUACGAACCUGCGCAAUGGCACCAACUCUGGCUAAUAAGGUGGCGAUCGUCACGGGCGCCUCACGUGGCAUUGGCUACGGCAUCGCCCUCGAACUUGCAAGGCGAGGCGCAAAAAUUGUGCUAACGUACACCAGCCAGUCGAGUGAAAAGCUUGUUGCCGACUUGAUUUUGCGAAUCCAGGCCCUAAAAAAUGGUGCCGAUGCGACUGGAUGUCAAGCCGACCUCAGCAAGUUAGAUGCGCCUAAGAGAAUAGUAGACGCUGCGACGGCCGCGUUUGGACCGCAUAUCGACAUUCUCGUGAACAACGCCGGCAUGGAGAAGGUGGUCCCGUUCAAUGAACUCACGGUCGAGGAUUACAACCAAGUUUUCGACCUCAACGUCCGCGGCGUCUUGUUCCUGUCACAAGCCGUACUACCUCAUUUGCGAAAGCCAGGACGGAUCAUCAACAUCAGUUCCGUGGGUGCCCGGCAUGGUUUUGCUCAUUUGACCACGUACUGCGCGUCAAAGGCGGCUAUGGAGGGCUUCACUAGAUCACUUGCAAAAGAAAUUGGACCCAAUGGUCAUACGGUCAAUGCCGUAGAGCCAGGCCCAGUUGAGACCGACAUGAUCCACAAGAUCCCCAAGGAGAUAGUUGAGAUGCAGAAAAGAGACACGCCGAUGGAAAACAGACUGGCUACUGUGGAGGAGAUUGCAUCAGUAGUGGCUUGGAUCGCAGAGGAUCAGAGUCGCUGGAUUACCGGGCAGACCAUCAGCGCAAGUGGCGGAUGGAGUAUGAUGUAGUUGAGAGAAAUCGGUGAAUUCUCGUGUUCUCAAAAGCUAGUCAAAGGACGCUGAGCCUGCCCGAUGGGUCUCUCGCAAAAAAUAGACACCUUAAUGGAAGCCUUGAC